UUAAUUUCUUCCAUUUUCUGAGGUAAUUGACUGGCGUACAGCAGCCAAUUCAAGUGUACGAGGAGGACCUACCAGCUGUGGUUGAAAUGCUCAAGAGAGACGUGUCACAAGAGAGACUGGGACACAUGCAGAAACAGGUUUUGUGGCUGUAUGAGAAGUACUUCUCAACAAUGGCAGACAUUACUCUGACAACCCUGAAGAUCCUCAAUGAUCGAGUAUUCCCUGCCCACCAGCAGUCGAUGCAGCAGUGGAACACUCGACCUGUACCCUCAGCAGUUGACAACCCUCUCUUCCUCCCUAUCACUGCCCCAGCAAAUGAAGGCUUCACAGCAGUUAUCCUUACCUACGAUCGCUUGGAGUCGCUCUUUCAGGUGAUCCAGACGAUGGUGCUUGUUCCAUCACUGUCCAAGGUGCUGGUUGUGUGGAACAACCAGAAGAAAGCCCCUCCCCAAGCCUCUAUGUGGCCCAAGAUUAGCGUACCACUGAAAGUCGUUCAGACACGGGAGAACAAACUCAGCAAUCGCUUCUACCCUUACGAAGAGAUUGAGACCGAGUGCAUCCUUGCCAUAGAUGAUGACAUCAACAUGAUGACCGCUGAUGAGCUGGAGUUUGGAUACCAGGUACGGUAACAUGUUAAAAUUACA